UGAGUUUACUUACAAUUUUCCUGUUAAUUUUUGGUAUUUCAAAAAUUAAAAUUUGUAUAAAUAAAUUCAGUCUCUGUACAACUACGUAAAUUAAUUUCAAUGCUGUCGGCCCUGAACUCAAAAAUGAGCAAAAUCUUUUUAUUCUAUAUUCCAGCUAAAGACAUCAAGAUGAUUCAAGGCAACACAGCUGAAGCGAUUCUGGCACAGUCCAGGGAAGUGUUGCAGACUAAAGGGGAGUGGGAGCUUGCAGAUAUUGAAAUAGUUCCAUCUACCCUGAUGAUAAGUGAUGGGAGCUACUCUGACAUCAAAUUCUUUAUCAUUUUGAAACGUAGACCAAUCCUCUACGUGGUGAAUCUCCUGAUCCCCAGCUGCUUCCUUAUGGCAGUGGACCUCUUCAGCUUCCUGCUGCCUCCCCAGAAUGUGGACCGAGCCGCCUUCAAGAUGACCCUCAUCCUGGGCUACACCGUCUUCCUGCUCAUCAUGAAUGACUUGCUGCCUGUCACUGGGGACUCAACACCUCUCAUAAGUGAGUGACACCUAUAAGUAGAUAUAAAACUAGCCAAAUUAUACAUUUUAUCUAUUGAGAAGGAAGCC